AUGGCCGACUCCACCACACAAGAGCCCCCCUCGGCCACCCAGAAGCGCCCACUGGAGGAGCCCUCGUCCCCGUCCGGUCCCACCGGCCAACCCGAAGCCAAGCGUCCCGCUCUCGACAAGAUCUUGAAGGGCGAGCCCAACGAUGCAGGCAGCGAGGAGCCACUCACUACUGCUACUGAAGUUGCAGAAGUCAACGGUGCGGGAGCGGGCAGCGAGGCCAAUGCGGAAUCAGAGGGCAUUGACGCCGCCUCUGCAGAUAAGCAAGGCGACACGGUCGUGCCCGAUGCUGAUGCGUCUGUCCAGCCUUCGUCCGAGCCAUCGGAUCUCCCUGCAGCCAUCUCCAAUGGACCCUCGGACGGCGGCGUGAACUCCCUCCCACCAUCCACCUACCAACCCCAAGACGAGACCAACUGGCUUCAUGUCCGCGCCAUCAUCUCUAGUGCAGAGGCGGCCACGGUCAUCGGCAAGGGCGGCGAGAAUGUCACCCAGAUCCGUAAGAUGGCUGGUGCCAAGUGCACAGUGAGUGAAUAUUCUCGCGGCGCCGUGGAGCGUAUCCUCACCGUCUCCGGCGCCGUUGAUGCCGUUGCCAAAGCCUUUGGGCUCAUCAUCCGCACCCUCAACCAAGAGCCUCUCGACUCCUCCUCCACACCGCAGUCCAAGACAUACCCGCUUCGUCUGCUCAUCCCCCACAUCCUGAUCGGCUCCAUCAUCGGCAAGCAGGGCGCGCGCAUUCGCGAGAUCCAAGAAGCUUCCGGCGCCCGCCUCAAUGCCUCCGAGUCCUGCCUACCCCUGUCCACCGAGCGCUCCCUGGUCGUUCUGGGCGUCGCUGAUGCCGUGCACAUUGCUACUUACUACGUGGGUAGUACCCUAGUGGAGCAGCUCACGGAUCGCUUCGGUGGCCCUGCAGCUUCCGCGUACGCCGUUCGCCACGGUGGACCUCAAGGCGUCGUGCCGGGCGGCAUGCAAGUCGUUCCCUAUGUUCCCCAGCAUGCUGGUGGCCAAAUGGGCCAUCCAGACAAGUAUCGUCAGCAUGGCGGUCCUCCCAGUCGUGCUCCCUCCAAUGCAUACGGCGCGCCCUACAUGCAAGGACAGCCCGCCCACCCUCACCACCCACAGGCGGCCAUGCCGUACGGUGCAGGCUCCCCUCGUGCUGGCUACGCCGGCGCCGGACCUCAGCAACCCCAGGCUUACGGAGGAUACGGCGGAACCCCAGCACCGUCGCACGCCGGCCCGCCGCAGCAGCCCGCCCAAGGCAUGGUCGCAGGCCAACCAAUCACGCAACAAAUCUUCAUUCCCAACGACAUGGUCGGUGCGAUUAUCGGGAAGGGCGGUGCCAAGAUCAACGAAAUCCGCCAGCUCUCCGGCAGUGUCAUCAAGAUCAACGAGCCCCAGGACAACAACAACGAGCGUCUCGUCACCAUCACCGGCACACAGGAGUGCAAUCAAAUGGCGUUGUACAUGCUGUAUUCGCGCUUGGACGAGGUGAAGAACAACCCCAAGCAUGAUCGCAUGUUCUAA